AUGAAAAACUCUCAAUUUCUCGUUAUCUUGACGCUUUUGCUGUUAACAGUAUCACCAGCAACUAUUAGUGCACAAUUAGACGAAGAUCCCGUAUCAGCAGUUACCUCUACCAAUGUCACUAGUGGCAACAUUCGCUUAUAUACCGAAGAAUUUGGCGACCCGAAGAAUCCGACUGUAAUUUUUAUUUCGGAGCUCUUACAAUCGCGCUUAGUAUGGGAGCCACAACUACCGUAA